AUGGAAAAAGACACUUUCUGUAGGCAUUUCAGACUGUGUCCAGAAACAUGUGAACAAUUAAUAGAUGGUUUUCAGCAAUCAGAUUUCUUCCCAAAAAAUGAAAUGCAUGGUGGUAAAUCAGCAGUAUCUGCUGAAAAACAUAUAUUAUCAUUUUUGUGGUUUGCAGGAAACAAAUCAUCGAUGCGAGACGUAGCAGAUCGAUUCGAUAUAGCUAUUUCAACCUGCGAAACAAUUUUAUCAAGAGUUAUGAAUUACCUUCUAAGCAUAGCUACAGAUAUUAUUAAAUUUCCUAAUAAUGACAAAGAAAAAGACGAGCUGGCUUAUCAUUUUUCAAAGAUGUCAGGUUUCCCAAAUGUAAUAGGAUGUAUUGACGGAUCGUACAUAAACAUUCGUACUCCUAAACAUAAAAUAAGAUCUACUUAUGCUAAUCGAUACGAUAAAACGAGUCUUACAUUACAAGGAAUUUGUGAUGAUAAGAAGAGAUUUAUUGAUGUCUUCACUGGAGUGAUUGGCAAAUUUCACGAUAGCAGGACAUUUACAUUAUCCUUCAUAAGCAAAAAUAUUAGUGAUAUAUGUCAAAAUGGAAAGUAUCAUUUGUUAGGCGAUAGUGCUUACCCAUUAAGGGAAUAUCUUUUAACACCUCACAAAGAUUAUGGAAAUCUUACUCAAUCGCAAAGAAUAUACAAUAAAAAACUUUGUGGAACUAGAGUGUGCAUCGAAAAUACAUUUGGCUUGUUAAAAUCACGAUUUCAGUUAAUAAACGAACUCAAUGAUGAAAUGUUUAAUAUCGAUGAUUUUCAAGUUAUGGGAGAAAUGGAAUUAAAAAGAAGAGGAGAGCAGAAGAGAAAUGAAAUAUGUGAUACCAUUUCACAAUAG